AAUGGCGUCAGCAGCAGCAGACAGACACAGUCCAGAAUUGGAACGUCCUACCAACAAGGCUUAGGUCUAGUCCUAGACUAAAAGUGAGUGAUCUGAGUAAUGUUAUGCUGGGAAAGAAUCAGGAUUCUGAUCUUAGUGAGAAGACAAAAACAGGACGUGAUGGAGGAGAGACAUCGAUGGAGACACAGAUGGAGAAACUGAGAAACUCAUUAGAGAUGUGGUUUCAGUCACAAGAUUCAAGAGAAAGCGAAGAUGAUCUGAGGAUAGUGCUGCUGGGAAAAACUGGAGCUGGGAAGAGUUCAACUGGAAACACCAUCUUAGGAAGAGAAGCAUUUAUUUCAGACAUUUGUCAAACUUCUUUUACUGAAGUGUGUCAGAAAGAGACAUAUGUAAUCAACGGCAGACACAUUACUGUGAUCGACACUCCAGGACUGUUUAAUACUGAACUCAGUAAUGAAGAAAUCCAUAGAGAAAUGAGUAACUGUAUAUCCAUGAUCCUGCCUGGACCACACGUGUUUCUCUUACUGAUCCCAGUGGGACAAUACACUCAAGAAGAAGCAACAUCAGUGAAGAUCAUUCAAGAGAUGUUUGGUGAAAACUCUUUAAAGUACAUCAUAGUGCUCUUCACCAGAGGAGAUGAUCUGCAUAACAAAACUAUUGAACAGUAUCUGGGAGAACCUGGAUCUGCCCUUAAAAACCUGAUCGAUGAGUGUGGAAACAGAUUCCAUGUGUUCAAUAAUAAAGAGACUAGAGACCGAACACAGGUGACUGAUCUACUACAGAAGAUAGACAACAUGGUGAAAGAGAACGGAGGGAGUUACUACUCAUGUAAGAUGUUCAGAGAAAUGGAGAGAGAAAAACAGAAGAAAAUACUGAUGGAGAGAGUCAGAGAAAGAGAAGAAGAGAUGAAGAUGAUCAUGGAGAAAGAAAGACAAGAAAGAGAGAAACAAGACAGAAAGAUACAAGAGAUGGAGAGAGAACGAGAGGAAUGGGAGAAACAGAGACAACAGGAAAGACAAAGAAGUGAAGAAGAGGAAGAGAAAUGGAGAAAUAUAAUUAAGAGAACAUGCGAUGAAUUUGAUGAGAAACUUGAACGAGAGAGAGAGAGAAGUCAGAGAGAGAAAGAAGAUCUUAGGUUCAAACAUGAAAAAGAGAAAGAGAGAAUGGAGAUAAAUAUGGAGAAAGAAAGAAAGAAUUAUGAGAAAGACAAAAAGAGAAGAGAAGAAGAGUUUAGAGAGAAAGAAGAACAAUAUAAAAGAGAGAUUAAAGACAUAGUGGAACAAGACAAAAAGAUACAAGAGGAGAUGAAGAGAGAACGAGAGGAAUGGGAGAAACAGAGACAACAGGAAAGACAAAGAAUAGAAGAGGCAUUUAGAGAGAGAGAAGAACAAUAUAAAAGAGAGAUUAAAGAAAGAGAGGAACAAGAGAGAAAGAUACGUGAGGAGAUGAAGAGACAACAAGAGGAAUGGGAGAAACAGAAACAACAGGAACGACAAAGAAGAGAAGAAGAGGAGAAAGAAAGAGGUAGAUUCUUUGAACUUUAUACAGAAACUCCUGAGGCUCAGCACACAAACUGUGUCAAAACAGGAACCAACUAAUUUUGAAAUUAUUUAGCAAAAUAAUAAA